AAUAGAAGCACCGUCUCUCCCUCUCCUCCCCCGCAUACAUCACCUCGGCCGGCGCUGCCGAUCUCCCUCCUCCAGUCCAGAGUCCAAGCCUGAGCCCCUUCACCCAAAGCCAUGGCCGCGCGGCGUCGCUCUCUCCUCAUGCUCCUGCCCCUCCUCCUCCUCCUCUCCCACUUCCUCUCCCUCGCCGCCGCCUUCGAGUCGGACGAGCUGCUCCUCCACGACGACGACGAGUUCGAGGGCACCAGGGCCUCCUCCACCCCCUCCCCUCGGCCGCCCUCGACACCGCCGGUAGUGACCUCCUCCCGCCGCCGAUCCGCGGACACAACGCAGGCGGCUGGCGCCUCCGAGUCCAACACCGUCCAGUUCACCCUCGAGCACGACCUCGGAGCCGGCCUAGGGUUCGCCCCCGCCGGGUCCUUCUCCGCCCGCCUCAAGUCCUCGGCCCACGGCUCCCAGACUCUCACCAAGCUCCGAUUUACGAGGAAUGAGUUGUCUGAGGAUGAAAAGGAUGCAUUUAAGAAAUUACUGGAAGAAGAUAGUUUUUACACAAUAAGGCUGCCGUCUAAUGUGUUGGAUCCUACAAGACACGAUUAUAUUUAUUCUUCGAUCAAAGCGAGAUGCAUUCCACGUGACAGCUUGGAUGAACAUAUUGUCAUCCACAUGGACGGUGUAAAUAUUUUGGCAGUUAAUUAUGGUUCAGUUGGUGGCUGCCAAUAUCCCAGGCCAAUGAAAGUACCAUCAAAAUGGACAUUCAAUUCGUACACUAUUCUGAAGACUGCUGACCAAGCACCAAGAACUCCAUCAUUUGUAGAACAAUUAAUAGAAACUGAGAGUGGACUUGGUGAAGUGAUGAAACCACCUGAGAAAUCUUUCUGGGCUAAAUAUUGGAUGUACAUCAUUCCUCUUGGUCUCAUUGUCAUGAACGCCGUCACGGCAGCAGCCAACAUACCGGAGGAGCAAGCUGGAGGGCAGGGUCGAGCUCCAGCACAAAGGGCGCCAAUUGCUGCUCCAAGCAGAAGAUGAUGGCUUCUUACAUUCUUUGCAUGCCAUAGGAAAUGGCAACUCAGCACUUGUAAUUUAUGCCCAACAUCGUUUGAGUUUCAGAUUCACAAAGAAUGGACAGCGGAUGGAUCUGCUUGACCUCUCCAGAACAGGGGCAGUACUAGCGGCAACAAGACUCACUUGGGUUUUUUUUUUUUCUCGCAUUCCAAAAAUUCACCUUGUUGUAGAAUCACCUCAGAAAGGUUGUGUGAUCCGAUCGCAUCUACACGCGUAUUUUUGCCUGUUGAUAGAAAUCACCAUCAGUCUUUAACUUGGUACAAACUGCAUGCUUUAAUAUUCAGAACUAGCUUAAUUUAUACCAAUAUCAAACAUUAUAUGUUUUGCUCAUAA